GAAAACAAAGUGGGCGGUUUGGUUAGGAGGUUUCCCAUUGGACGAUUCUUGAUAUCCUCCCAAGCUAAGCUAACCAACCAGAUCACUUUAGUGCCGUCUUCUUCCUGUUCUACUUCUUCUUUUUCUUCUGCUUCUGCGUCAUCCAUCUCUCAGUUUCUGCAGCUCGCGUCCCCUUCCUUCUCUGCACAGUGGUGACGGUGGACACCUCUUUCUUUGAGUUCGAUCCAUAAGCCUCGGAAAUGAACGGUGGCGACGCGUCAGGGGUUAUGGUGGCCCAGUACAUCAGGAGGCAUCACAGGCAUGAGGCCGGAGAGCGGCAGUGCACUUCGGCCGUCAUCAAGCACGUCAAAGCUCCUGUUCACCUGGUGUGGUCCCUGGUGAGAAGAUUUGAUCAACCUCAAAAGUACAAGCCCUUUGUCAGCCGCUGUAUCAUGAAGGGUGAUUUGGGCAUAGGGAGUGUUAGAGAAGUGAAUGUCAAGUCCGGGCUUCCAGCUACAACCAGCACUGAGAGAUUGGAACUUCUUGAUGAUGAGGAGCACAUCCUUGGCAUUAGAAUUGUUGGCGGUGAUCACAGACUCAAGAACUAUUCUUCAAUUAUGACUGUCCAUCCUGAUAUGAUUGAAGGCAGGCCAGGGACACUGGUGAUCGAGUCAUUUGUAGUAGAUGUGCCUGAUGGGAACACGAAGGAUGACACAUGCUACUUUGUCGAGGCCUAUAUCAGAUACAAUCUCAAAUCUUUGGCUGAAAUUUCAGAGAGAAUGGCUAUUCAGGACCGAACUAAAGCUGUAAACAGCUUCUAAAAGCUUUAUAGAUAGUCACGAGCAGCGCUUUGAUGUCGUCACGACUAGUGGAUGCUUUGGGAGCUCUGCUGUCAAAAUAGCUCUUCUAGAAAGCAUUUGCUUCCGCUUGCUUGUUUUCCUCCCUUGGAAAACGUGUCUCCUCGCUUGGUCACGUUUUAAGGGAGACAUCAAAGGCAAUCUUUUGAAUGGCUGGAGAUAAGGGGUUUUGUCCAUGGAAACGGUGUUGAUGCUGGUUUGGUGUUUGUAAAUAUUGACAUGGAAGUGUUGCACUAUCCGCAUUGCUGGCGUGCAUAUGCGCAGGUUUAAAUUUGUAGGUAGGCUGCAAGAGUGAACUCUUGAAUGACAAUCUUGCUUCCUUAUAUGUACAUAGUUGUUUCCGUUA